CUGUCCUUGCUGUUGCAGCUCAAGCUCCCACACCGAGCCAGCCCAGUUUAUCACCAAACCUGAAAUCAAAAUCAGUAAUUACGCUAAUUUAAAGAUCUCCGGGAUUCUGCUCUUUGUUGCAAUUUUACUCUCUGCAAAUGCAGGCAAUAAAGUGUGUGGUUGUCGGCGACGGUGCCGUGGGUAAAACCUGUCUGCUGAUUAGUUACACUACCAAUGCUUUCCCUGGAGAGUACAUCCCCACAGUCUUUGAUAACUACUCUGCCAAUGUGAUGGUGGAUGGCAAGCCGGUGAACCUGGGAUUGUGGGAUACUGCAGGCCAGGAGGACUAUGACAGGCUCAGGCCGCUCUCCUACCCACAGACGGAUGUGUUCUUGAUAUGCUUUUCCUUAGUGAGCCCAGCAUCCUUCGAGAAUGUCCGAGCUAAGUGGUACCCAGAGGUGCGGCAUCACUGUCCAAACACACCGAUCAUCCUGGUGGGGACCAAACUGGACUUGCGGGACGACAAGGACACGAUCGAACGUCUCCGGGACAAGAAACUGGCCCCCAUCACCUACCCACAGGGGCUGGCAAUGGCCAGGGAGAUAGGUGCAGUGAAGUACUUGGAGUGCUCGGCCCUCACUCAGCGCGGCUUGAAGACCGUGUUUGACGAGGCCAUCCGAGCAGUGCUGUGCCCCCCGCCUAUCAAGAAACGAGGCAAGAAGUGCACCGUCUUUUGAGAGGACCCGAACAGCAGCCAUCUCAGGAAUGAAAAAAUCAAACCGGGGGGGGGAGGAGAAAUACACACACCACAAAUCAUUCGCUUUUUUUUUUUUUGGUGAGAAAAAAUUAAUACAAUUCCAUUUUCAGCCAGUGAAGGGGGGGGCAGGGAAUGGUGUUGGUGAAAUCCAUUGCGUGUACCCCCUUCUAAAAACAACAAAAACAGGUUUGUCAGAAUUUGCCUUAAUUUGUUAAAAAAAAAAAAAAAAGGCAUCUUUUAGAUUGUUGCAUGAUUGUGGGCAACUAAAGAAAAGGUAUUUUAAAACACACACACACAAAAAGUUACUAAAAUACUGUUUUAACAAAACAAAAAGAAGCCCUUCCUUAAUUUCAAAAUGUAAUUCCUUUAAAAAUGAUUUUAGUAACAGUGUUGCAAUGUGGGCAUGGCUAGUAUUAAUGUAUUCAUCUCUCUUUUUGUGUGAAUGUUGCUUUGAAAGAAUCCAUAGAUGUGAAACUGCUGUAUAUUGUGGUACUUGCAAAAGUAUAUACUACAGUGUUUAAGCUUAACCAGCAGAUGCUCCAUGGCUACAGUCUGUUAAUCUGUGACUUGGACAGUGAGAUCUCAGUGUAAAUGUAGAUAACAAAUGUGUAUAAACACAUAUUUCCUUGUUGGUACCAAUCACAUUAAUAUAACCUAAUGGGUGCCUUGGUUCAAUAGCUGAGAAAUUCAAAUGACGGUUUGAGACAGAAGAUGAAGAUCAAUACACUGUCCCCAUUCUCCAAUAGGCAUACUCUUAAUUGGAUCUGUGUCUAAGCUUGUGCACAAAACACAGAGAGAUAGGAGCUUGUAUUGCAGGAUGUUGAAAUCUGUCCUGUUUAAUUUCUAUGUACUGUAUAAUGCAAUGGUGUUGAAGCUGGCUGCUCCAAUGCACCAAUCCUAGGAUCUCGCUGUGCAGUUUAAAUUGUUUAGUAUCUUGUUUUUUGGAGUACAUAAGUAACGUUGGUUUCUACAGUUGAAUCCAUUGGUGUGUGUCGGUUUAGUCUAGCUUUAUUAACCUGGAUACCAUUACAGUUGUAGUUGAGUGUUAUAGCUCCAUGUCAUGUCCCCCAUUAGAUUCAGUAGCAACUACUCUGUCAGUGUAGCGUAACGUUCUAAACAUACACUUUGCUACAUUGCUGUUAGACUCAGGAACAGCCUGCCUCUGAAACAGAUCAAACCUAGACAAGCUGUAGAUCUCUCACCAUUGGGAUUGUUUUUAAUCUUCCUUCCGGUUUUAUUGUCUUUUUAAAUGCAUACAGCAUUCUUUGGUAGCAAAACUUCUUGUAUGUUCAUCAUUGUUGCAUGGCUACCUCUCAUAUUUUAAGAUGUCUGUCUCUUAGCAUCCUUUUGUACAAGACCCAGUACAAGGCCUUUCUUAAAAUAAUGCACAAGACUUCACUCCAGUCACUUAAAACAUGGAUAACGAUUCAACAGAGCUCAGAUAACAUUUUCUAAGGGUUUCAAGCUCUGUGUACUGUAGUCAUCGGCUUCUGCAAUGCCAGAGGCAGUAAUGGUAACAUGUUUUUUUUUUUUACUCUUUGUUAUAAGCCUAAAUCUUAUGUCUUAACUGGUGAAUACAACAGUACCAUAAGAAGGUGCUAGGUGUUUGAAUAUAAGGGAGCUCUCUAGAUGCGGUAUCUGUUCUAUAUACCCAGUCUAAUGUGGACAAGGGGAUAACAGAGAGACCAAAUACAUACAGCUUCUGAGUUAAAUACACAGGGCUUAAUUGGCCAAUAUAAGAAAUGGAAUGGAAUGCAUUAAUAUGCAGCCAGACCCCCCCCCCCCCCCCCCCGAAGUUUAUGAACUGUUUUGAAAUACUUUUGGGGGUGCUGUGUUUUUAAAAACUGUUGGGACAAACCCUGUUGUGGACAUCCAAAUUUCUUUUUUUUUUUUUUUUUCCAACUUUCAUUCCACGUUUUAUUGUGGUUUACUACACAAAGCGCCUCCAACCUAAAGAAAUGUAUUGGGGGGGGGGGGGGGGGAAGUGUUGCAUAAACAUGUUCAAGUGACCUAAGUAACAUUGGGGGACUAGCAUGCCAAGUUUGAAACCGCUUAACCCUAUUGCCUAAACAGUCUAGAUGUUUAACCUGGGGCACAUCAGGGUCUAGUCUUAAUUAAGUUUUCCAUUUUCAAACCCCUGUCCUUCCUUUGUGUGUGUGUGUGUGUGGUUUGGUUUGCUGUGGUAACUGCCGAUCUGUAAAGUGAUGUUAUUGCAUCUUUGAUAAUCCACUUAGCUUGCAAGAUAACGAUUUACACACAAUUUUUAAUUUCGAACACUUUAUUUGGUCCGUUUAAUUGCUGCCAAAAAAAAAAAAAAAAUACAGUAAAAAUAAAGUGAAUAACAAAUCCUUUAACGUUUUAGAAGAGGUAUGUAUUAAUAAAAACAAUUAUUUGUAUGUAUCUAAUGAAGUGCUUUUUUUUUUUUUUUUUUUUUUGAAUUACGGAGUGACCAAACAAAACCUACAGAAGGCGCAUGCUCAGUUCUCCCAGCUAGACGUGCCAGUACAGCAGCUCUUCAUAAAGUUAAUGAUCGCUGAAAUGUAGCAAAGGCUGCAGAAGUCAUUGUUAUUGUCAACUUACAAAAAAAUUACCCGUUUCUGGACUGGGGGAAUACGCUUUUCAGGGGAUCAGUGAAUUGUUAUUUUGAAAAGUAAAAUGAGAAAAAAAAAAAAAACAUUAAACUCCACUAAAAACCUAAUUUGAAUGAAAGUGACUGUGUAUCCUGUAUUUUACACUGUUAUAUAGUACUGUAAAUAGACUAGCAUUUGAUAUGUGAAAUUACUGCAUGUUUAGGGAUAUUUUUAGAAAUCUAGAAUCACACUCUUGCUGCAGAGCUUUGUUGGCAUGGCAACAGCAGGGGAGUGAUCUGUCUGAGCAUGCUCUGAAAGAAAGGUUUGGGUCUCUCAGUCUCUGUUAACUUAUGUCUUAAACUGCAUGGAAAGUGUUCCAAGCCUGUGGAUAGAGUUGCUCUUUGUCGGUGAAAUCUCCUUCAUUUCCUCUGCGGAUUUGGUGGGAUUCGUAACUCGCUUAAGAUGAGCUCCAUGUUUGUUAUCCUUUUUGUAUUAUUAUUAUUAUUAUUAUUCAUGUCAUAAAGAGUAUUGUGGAAUAAAAAACAUUUUUGUAUAAUAAAUAUGACCUUAUAACUA